UUUAUCGGAGUCAAGUUCGAGAUUGCCCAGAGCAUAUAUUUGUGGUCGAUGAGUCAAACUUCGGUUGUUCUCCCGCCGAUUUUUCCUACACGACUUCGCUUUGCUGUUUCAUCCUGUCGCUACCCUGCCGAUACAUUCCGGCUCACUCUUGUGGGCGAACUACUGUAUUUGGAGCUGUAUAUCGAGGUGCAAGCCUUAUCAAGAGCUUGGUUUGACAAUGGUUGGUCGUUUGAGAGAAAAUCCAGCCAGGACCUAGUUGUCCGUCCCAUUCUCUACCCAUAACAAGGCCCCCGGGGGGCAUGCACCAAGCUCACCGCCUUGACUGACUUCCCCGUGUGGUACAUCUUUCGUUACAAGAAAUGUCACUUUUGCUGCACCAUGCUCGCGCCAGGGUGUCGAUCAAGCUCACCUCGGCAGCCCGCAGUAACGCGAGGACGCUAGCUGAAGUUGCCAAGGCUUCGGCCGCGCCCGUACCGGUGGCGACGAUUCUGCGGGGCCCCUUGGUCGCGCACCGGGAGAGCGGUAAGCGCAACGGCAACAGCGACCACGGGAGCGACAAGGACGACCACAGCUUCCUCGAGGACGACUUCAGCUUUGAUGACGACGAUUUCGAGAGCUCAUCGAGCUCACCCACGGCGUGCCCGUUCAAGGCUGCAGUAGAAACAACAGAGCUUGCUCAGAAGGCCAGGGACGAGCUUUGCCUAGCGGAACUCGUAACGGAGAAGAGGAAGGAUAUGGUUGAUGAGAAAAUGCGGGAUACCGAUGUGACGUGGGUCCAACAGCUUUCCGUCAAAGCCAUGAACGCAGUCACUGCGGCAUCGAACAUGACUUCCGGUGCUGCUGCUGUCAUGUAUACGGCGAAUCGCGGGGACCCCAGAAACCAGGCGAUGGGUUCAACGGCGGCGUUGACGGCGGCGGGAACGUGCUCGACGUCGGCCCCUUCCAGUACGCCUCAACGGCGGAGAUGGAAGCGCAUCAACCGGAACGCCAAUGCAUCUGCCGCAACCCCCCCCACGGGAACUUCUCAGCCAGGAGAGCGGGGGACCACCACCACAGCAGGUACUGGGUCAGAUAUCACUCCGUUAUGGUGGAACACGUGGUACACACACUAA